AUGUCACUCUUUAAGAAGACUUAUGGGUCCAAUAUUAAGUAUCACCAUGCCCGUAGAGGGAAAGAAGAUGUAUUUGAAGAUCAAUAUGGUGACGACGAGAAGUCGUAUAGCGAUUUAAAUUGGUAUGUGAAAGCUAUUGAGCAAACUAAUCCCGAUAGCUUUGUGAAACUUGAAGUUGAUGAAGAAACUGGAAGAUUUAAGCGGAUUUUCAUCUGUUUCGGUGUUGCAAGCAUAACUAUAGCUAUUGCUUUUACCACAUCAAGUGCAAUCUCCCUAUUGGAAAAGGUCAUGCGAAUUACAAUGCUGUUAUUGAUUUGUUUUACAAAGCUGCUUACUCUUACACAUCAGCGAACUUUGAAGAAGCUUUGCGGGGCAUGCAUGCAAUUGGUUGUGGACAAUUAUCUCAGGACCAUUCCAAAGGAGAAAUGGGCAAAUGCAUUUUCCCCUGUAUGCAGAUAUGCUGCUCACUCUUCAUCUAUUGCCGAGUCAUUCAAUAACUGGAUUCUUGAGUUCAAAAAGCUGUCUGCUUUUGCUCUUCUCGAUGCGAUACAUUUGAAGGUUAUGAAGAUGAAUUCUAAGAGAAGGGUAGAAGGUCUUGAAAUUUUUAACACUAGGCUCACUCCCAUAUACGAGGAUUUACUAAACGAGAACAUCAACAUUGGUCGUACUUGGACUGUUGUUGAGUCUAUGGAAAGAUUGUAUGAAGUCAGGUCUCCCUGCACUCAUUCUGUAGAUCUGUUGGAGAGAACUUGUACGUGUCACAGGUGGAAAGUAAAUGGUUUUCCCUGCACACAUGCUUGUGAUGCCAUUCAAUCUACAAGGGAAGACAUCUAUUCAUUUGUUGAUCCAUACUUCACCACUGAAUGGUGCAACAGGACAUACCAAGAGAUCAUCUUGCCAAUCCCUAAUUAUGACAAGCCGCAGUCUUAUGAUCCUAGUGAUAGGAUUAUUGUUCCUAUUCCUGUGCCUCCACCCGGUAGACGAAGAGAACAACGUUUCAAUAAGGCUUGGGAGAAGCAAAAGAGGCCUAUGAUGUGCACAAAGUGCUUCACUCUUGGUCACCACAACAGAGCUACCGGCCCCAUGCCUUGA